AUGGAGCAUAAACAACAAGGGAACAUCUUACGGAACUGUCGUUUCUUAAAUGAAAAAUGUCAUGCUUGUGGAAAAAAGGGCCAUGUGAAGAAAAUGUGCAGGUUGACGCCCUCUAGGGACCAGCAGAGGAAGGGGGAGGAAAAGAGCAGCAUAAAGGACAGAAAGGGAAACCGGAAAAUAAAACAACAGUAUGCACACCACAUGCGUGAAGCUACAGACCAACAAACCAGUGAAGAAGAGGAAGUGUUUACUAUGCUUAACAUGAAAGAGUCAAGGAUGGAAAGAGUCGAUCCCAUUACAGCACAGUUGGACUUAAAUGGUAAAGUGGUCCAUUUUGAAGUGGAUACUGGAUAUAGUGUGACAGUUCUGUCAAAGGCUGAAUAUGGGGAGUUAUGGCAAGAAAAUGAAGCUCAGGAGUUGCAGGACUGUUCAGUGACCUUGAAAACAUAUACAGGUGAAAAAGUCCCCACCCUAGGGAUGGCAAAAGUAACUGUAACACACAAAGACAAAGUCAAACAGUUGCCAGUCAUGGUGGUGGCAGCAAAGAUACACGUCAAAGAAAACGCAACGCCAAGAUUUUACAAACCAAGACCCGUACCAUACGCAAUGAAGAAGAAAGUGGAGACUGAGCUGGAGCGACUCACAAAGCAAGGUAUAAUUGAACCAGUAAAGUUUUCGGAGUGGGCGGCACCCAUUGUUCCAGUAUUAAAGCCAGAUGAUACUGUACGCAUAUGUGGUGACUACAAGCUAACCGUUAACCAAGUCUCAAAGCUGGAGCAGUAUCCAAUACCAAAGUUGGAGGAUUUAUUUGAAAAGCUGUCUGGAGGUGAAAAGUUUAGCAAACUGGACCUCAGUCAUGCAUAUCAACAAGUCGUUCUGGAUGAAGGGUCAAAGUCAUAUGAUACCCUUAACACACACAAAGGUUUGUUCCAAGUUAAUCGUUUACCCUUUGGGGUUUCCUCUAGUCCAGCUAUUUUCCAGAGAAUAAUGGAGGGACUGGUGGCAGGAAUCCCAAAUGUGGCUGUCUAUUUGGACGACAUCCUGCUGACGGGUAGGAACAACCGCGAGCAUCUGGAGACUUUGAACGAGGUGCUGAGGAGACUGCGAGAGGCUGGUCUGCGGGUGAAGCGGAGUAAAUGUGCUUUCAUGGAAAAGGAAGCAGAGUUCCUGGGUUACAAGGUGGAUGCAUCAGGCCUACACCCCCUGCCAAACAAGGUAAAAGCCAUACAACAGGCACCUGCACCCACAAAUGUUACAGAACUGAAGGCCUAUUUAGGCUUACUCAACUACUAUAACAGGUUCCUACCAAACCUGUCAACGCUGUUAGCUCCUUUACAUAAACUAUUAAGGAAGGAGACCCUGUGGAUGUGGCAGGAGGAACAGGACAGAGCGUUUGAGCAGUCCAAGGAGCUAAUGCAGUCCUCAGAGGUGUUGGUGCACUACGAUAGUCACAAGGACUUAAUUCUGUCAUGUGAUGCAUCACCUUAUGGGCUAGGGGCCGUGUUGGCACACCGCAUGCCAGAUGGACAAGAAAGACCCAUCGGGUUCAUGUCACGAACCUUAACCCCAGCAGAGUCAAACUAUUCCCAGCUAGACAAAGAGGGUUUGGCUGUAAUUUUUGGAAUUAAGCGCUUCCAUAAAUACCUCUAUGGCAGGAAGUUUAUUGUUUGCACCGAUCAUAAGCCAUUGUUGUCGCUGUUCAACGAGAUGAAAGCAGUGCCUCAGAUGGUUUCUCCCCGCAUUCAGAGAUGGGCUGUAACAUUGAGAGCUUAUGAAUAUGAGAUUGUUUAUAAGCCCGGGAAACACCAUAGCAAUGCGGACGCGCUGAGCCGCCUACCUCUACCUGGGCAUCCCAAGGAGGAGGAAACGGAGGACCGAGUUCUGAUGAUGGAGGACAUCACGUUGGUGUCAGCGAGGGAACUGAGCGGAUGGACACGCAAAGACCCUGUGCUGUCCAGAGUGUUUCAGUUGGUCCAGCAAGGCUGGACAACACAACAAACUGAUCCAGUUUUUCAGCCCUAUGUGGUGAGAAAAACAGAGCUGAGUGUGCAAGAUGGAUGUGUGUUGUGGGGGGCACGAGUGAUAAUCCCUUCCCCAGGAAGAAGUGCACUUUUACAACAGCUGCACCAGGGUCAUGUGGGCAUCACCAGAAUGAAGGCCUUAGCACAAAGUUAUUUCUGGUGGCCCAAGUUGGACCACGACAUUGAAGUCGCUGUGAAAGAGUGUAACACCUGUCAACAACAUCGCAACUCACCUGUGGCUGCACCACUACACCCAUGGGAGUGGCCGAGUAAACCAUGGCAGAGACUUCAUAUAGACUAUGCAGGUCCUUUUAUGGGGUCAAUGUUUUUGAUAAUAAUGGAUGCUCAUUCUAAAUGGAUGGAUGCAUACCCAGUCAAAACAGCCACUUCCACCACUACCAUCGAAUGCCUGAGGAAAAGUUUCAGUAGCCAAGGACUACCAGAGACUAUUGUAUCAGAUAAUGCUUCAUGUUUCAUGAGUGUGGAGUUCAAGGAUUUUCUGGAAAAAAAUGGCAUCAUACACGUCACGUCGGCACCAUACCAUGCUGCUUCAAAUGGCUGUGCUGAAAGGGCUGUCCAGACCUUCAAAUCAAUGAUGAAAAAGGCCGGAGAAGGAAGUAUGGCAGCAAAAGUGUCACGGGUGUUGUUCAACUACCGCAUUACACCCCAGUCUAUGACAGGAUUGUCACCUGCAGAGUUGUUGCAAGGACGGAGACUGAGGUCAACAUUGGAUCUGGUGCAUCCAAACCUCAGAGCUAAGGUGGAGAGGAAACAGUGGAGGCAAAAAGAACAUCAUGACCGACGACGGCGAGAGAGAAGUUUCCACGUGGGAGAUGCAGUGAUGACUCGAAACUUCAGCUAUGGACCUAAAUGGAUUCCAGGAUUCAUUGCCAAGAGCACGGGUCCACUGUCGUACAAGGUGAUGUUGAAUGGAGGUUUCUUGGUGAGGAGACAUGUGGACCAGAUUCUGCGGAGCGAACAGAAGAAGGACUUCAGGGAACUGCAAGCCUCGGAAAUACCAUUAGUUUCUGGAGAAGUGCUCGCAGCUGCAGGAGGAUCCCCGAUCCUGGUGCCAGAGAAAGACAGCAUGGACUCGAAAGGAGAGGUUCCAGAGGGACCAACCUUUUCAGGGAUGGACACACCUGUACCAGAAGUGGUAAACGUGACACCUGAGUCACCUAGUGUGGUUCCAUUGCGACGUUCUAAACGUGCACUGGUUAAACCUAGUUACUUGAAGGACUAUAAGUGUUAA